AUGUUUAUGCUUUCACGAAAUCGGCAACUGAUCGUAAUUCUAUUUUUGAUUUUCGAUUUUGGACGAUCUGUGCAUUCCUCUCACACAAAUCUUCAUAGAAUACAUAGAGAUAAAAUUCAUGAAAAACUGCUGAGAAGAACGUUGAUCUCGCUGGGCAAGGUUGUGGACUUCUUCGCAAAGGAGUACAAAAAGUUUAAUAUCGACGGGAUUUUUGGUCUUCAGGCACUCGAUGGAAUUCUUCAGGACUUACUAACCAGGGUGGAAACCAGUCGUAUUCAAAUACCCAAGAGAACAUUCCAGGUAUUGACACGUCUGCACCACAAAGCGAAGCUUGUUUCCAGUAAAUCACAGCCCUACUUACGAGCCUCGGACCCAGAUUACUACAGGCUCGGUUUCGUAGCUAGGCAUGCUUGGCUGUUCCAGAGAGAGUUCCGGAAUCUCAACACCAGUCUCUCCCAGAUUAAACCACAAGACGUUGAAAAUGGGCAUUUUGACAUGCACACUAUGGACCGGUGUAUCUCGGAAUUAAUUGGGGACCAGAUGUCUGGUGCGAAACCUUGUAACAUCACCGACGAAUGCUGGAAUUUCGUUCGAAGUGAGAACACAACAGGCUACAUGACAACUCACCAAGCUCUCUAUUUGAUGGUUGGAGAAAUCAAAGGUUGUCUACCUAAUAUCACAAAGCUCCUAUCCAGUUCACAGAAAAAAGGAGAAAGGAGUAUCGAAAUUAUAUUUGGAACAAUUUGUGCAAGCAUCUAUAAACAAAUGAGAUGGAGGGAAAUUGUCUUCCGGAGAAAGCACCAGUCAAGGCAUGCUGAUGAUAAAGAUCUAUACAUGGAACAAUGUUACGUAUGCGGGAUCUUGGGAUACCAUCAACAGUUUCUUUCACUUGACAGACUUUCAGCUGUUUUAGAUUGGCAGCUCCCUCCUGGUUGCUAUGGUAGCAGUGAAAGUCCCAAAGGCGGGCACCGAGGCACAGAAGACAGCAACGUUUAUAGGGAGCAAUGGGACUACGAAGAUCUCAAUGAUGAUGAUUUCAAUGAUGGAUUCGGCCUAAAUCCGACGAGGGACCUUGAUGAACGAAUAACUAGAGAUCGUUCAAGUAACGGUUUACCAGGUGGAUGUCAGAGGCACAUUACAGGUGUGGCAACAGGUCUACUGGGUGUCUACCUGAAGUGGCUAUUGAUGGAGCCACCUGUCACUCCGGCACAUCAUCUUUAAAGAACCGAAUAAGUAAUUAACAAAUAGAGAAGAGUUUAAUGUGCUCUGUUCUGUUGUAAAGUACGCAGGAAGCGGCUAGAGCUGUUUUCAAACCUUUGUUUGGUUCCUCUGUUGCUAUUUGCCGGACCACUUGUUCCGAAAUUUCACUUUCAAUUAAUAAACAAAAAAUAAAAAAAUUAGAGAGAAGUCCGGGAAAUGGUCGGACAUAAUACAAUUUGGCGGAUGGCGUGAUAGCUUUUAAGCUCUCUCGCUCUAUGUCCUAUACUCUAAUGGAGCACGCUGUUUCAAUCAACGACAGCGCGCGUUAUAUGCGAACUUUAUUUUAUACAGUG